CUAAGUCUAAGUCUGUAAAGAUGGGGCGCGCGUGCCUAAGUUUGAAGCUGACAAACGGUGAAUGGCGUAAGAUUUUCAGGGGAGCUUUUGGUCUCGAAUGUCCGUCAGCAGGAUGCCCGUAGGCGUCUGCACUGUUUGGCGACUUCUUUCCGGAUAGCUGAUGGCACUCCCCCACCGGUGUCCAGCCGCUGGUCCGUGGAUCCUGUAUGGAGUCCGCCGGCCGGUGCUUCUAGAAAUUCUUACACCUUUUUUGACCGAGUAGUUAACUUAGACCGCAUAGGCGCAACGGGGUGGCGCCUGUGGGCUAGGCAUGGCCAUGAAGUUUGGCGGGAAGUCUCUUUGUCAAUAAUUUACUGUUGAUACUGUCAUCGUUGAGUUAAGGUUUGGUCACUGCAUGAUGGCGCAAAAAAAGAACGCGGCGGAGAAGAUGGGUCCAUCAUGAGUAUCAUUGCUAGCUGUAACAGCAAAUCUUGAUGAUUUUGCUUGCCUAGGUGGUGGGUCGGUCGCUUUUUUCGGAUCUGUUGGAUCAGGAUCAGGCUUUUUUGCUGGGAGAAUUUCUCUUCAAUGAGGCUCACCUAUGGAAAAUCUAUGCCGCUCAUUUGUGUGCGUGCAUAAUUGAUUGAUCUUCUACUUGGACGGCUGUCCUAGGAGCUAUUACUAGGCCGAGCAAAAAGAUUUUGUGGACAUCAGUUGCAAAUAAUUUAGGGGGCAGGAGAAGUCGAGUGUAUGAUUCUGGGGGUUAGGGAAC